AACCCCUCACUGGGAGCUGGGUGGCACCCAGCCCAGUGGCGUGACCAAGACAGCAAGGAGCGCUGUGUUAAUGGGGACACAGCAGAGAGGCAGAAGAAGACGGGCCUUAUGGGUUAGUAAAAACCAAAAAGAGGAUCCUCUGUCUGUCUCCCUGGCUUUGGACCACAGAGCGGAGAUAAAACUCAUCUGGAUCUUCCUAUAGGACCGAGGGCAGUCCUCUGUCUUCUGAUUUUCAGGACGGGAGGCUGUGCCUGCAGUCAGCAACUUGGAAUAUUCAGACGUCAGACCAGCGUCAGAGAUUAUAACUCCUUAUAAAUCAUCCGCAGCCCAGCUCCUGUCAACAGCCAGCCUGGGAGAAAACACAAGGACAUGUGAUGCCAGCCGUUCCCAACCGCACCUGAACACCGAGUUGGUUUGUGCAAAGUUUGCAUCUGUUUGGGACACAGUGAGAAAAAUAAGGGCAAAAAAGCAGUAAAAAAGUAUUUCUGAGUAACUGCAAAUGCAGGAAUGUUUUAAUACUGCGGUGAAGAAUCUGUACUUGGACCAGCAUGUCUGCUUACUACAGGAAUAACAGGAGUGAGGAAGAUCACAGUUACCAAGACUACUCAGGGUCUCAGAACCCUAUGCAGAGGUAUUUGAAAACUCAGGAUUAUCCAGAUUUUCCAGCUCCUCUGAACAAUCCAGACGACCCCAGCACCAGGAGAAAUCCAUUCUCUGCAGGCUCCAGAAUGAGUCCAGACUAUCCUGUGUCUCUGGCAGAGCCAGAUUACCCUGGAUCUCAGAGUAAUCCAGACCAUCCUAGCACGGGAAACCAUCCAUUGUCUGCAACCUCUAGAAUCAGUCCAGACUACCACAGAUCUCUACCAAAGCCAGAUUAUAUUGAAUUGCAGAGUAAUCCAAACGACCCAGGCUCAUCUGGACAGCCAGACUCCUCUGGAUCUCGACGAAAUCCUGAUGUUGCAUAUUCUAGAAGCAGUGGAAACUAUGCAGACUCCAGAACAAAUCCAGAUUAUCUUGGCUCCCUACGAGAACCAGACUACCCUGGAACUCAGAGCAACUCUAACCAUCCUGGCCCCAGAACCAAUUCAAGCCAUUCAGGCUCCAGAAGGAAUCUAGAAUAUGCUGGUUCCAGAAUCAAUCCAUACACGGACUCUCUGGGAGAGUCACACUUUUUGGGGGAACCAGACUAUCCUGGUACUAAGGACAAUCAGAACUCUCCAGACAUUUGGGGAGAACCUGAUUAUCCAGAUGCUGAGAAUGGUCAUGAUUAUGGCUCUUCUGAGACUCCAGAAAUGACCAGGGGGAAUGGUGGCCCCUUGGGGAUUCAUAGGAGAGAGAAUGAAGAUUACCCUGAAAACACAGAAAUGACAUCUAUGGAGAUGACAAAUUCAUACGGGCACUCUCUUCCAGGUGCUUCUGGAAAAGGCUAUGUGAACCCUGCUUAUGUAGGUGAAAGUAGUCCUGUCCGUGCUUUUGAAAACCCACCCUUGUCUGAACGCGAUUGGCACAAGUCACCCCAAGGACAAAAGUUAAUCGCAUCUCUAAUACCCAUGACAUCCAGAGACAGAAUUAAAGCCAUCAGGAACCAGCCAAGAACCAUGGAAGAGAAAAGGAACCUUAGGAAAAUAGUCGACAAAGAAAAAAGUAAACAGUCCCAUCGUAUCAUCAAGCCCAAUUGCUGUGUUCAGUGUCUACACUGCAUUUCACGGGCUUACCAGAGAUCCAAGAGCAGCCUGUCGGAACUCCUCAAUACCAUCAGCCUGUGGCAGAAGACGCUCAAAGUCAUCGGAGGCAAGUUCGGAACCAGCGUCCUCUCCUAUUUCAAUUUUUUGAGGUGGCUUUUGAAGUUCAACAUCUUCUCGUUCAUCGUGAACUUCAGCUUCAUCGUAAUCCCUCAGCUCACCGUGGCAGAAAAGAACACCCUCCAGUUCACUGGGCUGGAGCUUUUGACAGGGGCAGGUUAUUUUAGGGACACGGUGAUGUACUAUGGCUUUUACACUAAUUCUACGAUCCAGCACGGGAGCAGCGGGGCAUCCUACAACAUGCAGCUGGCCUACAUCUUCACCGUUGGAGUUUGCUUGGUCAUCUGCUUUUUUAGUUUGCUGUUCAGCAUGGCUAAGUAUUUCCGGAACAACUUCAUUAACCCCCACAUUUACUCCAGAGGGAUCGCUAAGCUUAUCUUUUGCUGGGACUUCACCGUCACUAAUGAAAAAGCUGUGAAGCUAAAACAGAAGAAUCUCAGCACGGAGAUAAGGGAGAACCUGUCAGAGAUCCUUCAGGAGAACACCAAGUUAACAUUCCAUCAGCAGCUGAGCCGCUUCUCUGCCCACAUGGCCGCCUGGACCGUCUCGGCUGGGGUGGCCAUCGCCUGCUGCGUGGCUGUGUAUUACCUGGCUGAGUACAACUCAGAGUUCCUGAAGACCCACAAGAACCCUGGGGCGGUGCUGUUACUGCCUUUCGUUGUGUCCUGCAUCAACCUGGUCGUGCCGCGCUUCUACUCCAUGUUCAGGCUGGUGGAGAGGUAUGAGAUGCCACGACAUGAAGUCUACAUCCUCCUGAUCCGAAACAUCUUUCUGAAAAUAUCAAUUAUUGGCAUUCUUUGUUACUAUUGGCUCAACAUCGUGGCCCUGUCUGGUGAAGAGUGUUGGGAAACUCUCAUUGGCCAGGAAAUCUACCGGCUUCUUCUCAUGGAUUUCGUGUUCUCCUUGGCGGAUUCCUUCCUGGGGGAGUUUCUGAGGAGAAUCAUUGGGAUGCGGUUUAUCACAAGCCUUGGCUUACAGGAGUUUGAUAUUGCCAGGAACGUUCUAGAACUGAUCUACGCACAAACUCUGGUUUGGAUUGGAAUCUUCUUCUGCCCUCUGCUGCCCUUUAUCCAGAUGAUUACUCUUUUCAUCAUGUUUUACGCCAAAAAUAUCAGCCUGAUGAUGAACUUCCAGCCUCCGAGCAAGGCCUGGCGGGCCUCCCAGAUGAUGACUUUCUUCAUCUUAUUGCUCUUUUUCCCGUCCUUCACUGGUGUCCUGUGCACCCUGGCCAUCACCAUCUGGAGAUUGAAACCUUCAGUUGACUGUGGUCCGUUUCGGGGUCUGCCUUUCUUCAUUUACUCCAUCUACAGCUGGAUCGACACCCUAAGUAAAAGGCCUGGCUACCUGUGGGUUGUUUGGAUCUAUAAGAACCUCAUUGGAAGUGUGCACUUCUUUUUCAUCCUCACCCUCAUUGUGUUAAUCAUCACCUACCUUUACUGGCAGAUCACAGAGGGAAGGAAGAUUAUGAUCAGGCUGCUCCAUGAACAGAUCAUUAAUGAGGGCAAAGAUAAAAUGUUCCUGAUAGACAAGCUGAUCAAGCUGCAGGAUACGGAGAAGAGAGUGAACCCCAGCUCUUUCAUACUGGAGAGGAGCGAAGUGGAGCAACAAGGCCCUUUGCAUUUGGAAGAACUUGAUGCUGCCCCUGGCCUGCGAUUUAGGCAAUCAGUCCAAGAAGAUAAUCCAAGGGCUUGAUGAUUAUUGUGGCAGCCAGACAGCAAUCAAAUAAGGAAAGAGAUGAAAAUGGAACAACUUCUGUGACACCUUCCAUGGGCCUUUGGGAACCUCCCAGGAGGGGAAUCCAAGCCUUUAGCCAGGAGCGGAAACUGACUACAAUGUAAAUAUCAAAGCAAAAUUGGGCAGUUCUCUGCUAUUUUUUUUAACACCUGGAUUGCUAAUUUUUUAAGACAAAAUACUUGAGGUUUUCCAAUAAAUAUGGUUGUCAUAUUGAAACUAGCCCACAAAAAUCUGGGAAGAGAUAACUUGGGAAUGAUAUAUUUUAUCUUCAAGAAAUGUGUGUAUGAAUGAUUGGUCCUUGGGAAUCUCCCCUGCCAGACCUGGCAAAGGUUUAAAACUGGUGCAAAGAAAAGUGGUUCAGGCUGAAUAAAAAUGUGAUCCUCAGUUAGAGAUGUGAAGCUU